AGAUUACGUUGUGGCUGUUGUUCAACCUCUACGCGGCAUUGAUGCUUUUAUUGUGAACGAUCCAAACCGGAAGUGGUGCUGUAACUGCCAGCCGCUGACAUUCUGUCGGCGUUGACGGGGGUUGAGCUGGGUUAGCUGAGUUUGCCGUUUGCUGUCAGCUUUCUGUCGCGGAUGCUGUGGUGCGAUAAGACUCUCCCGAGACAUGGACACCAAAAUGUUUCAGCUGCGGUCGUUCGUUCAUCAGCGGCUGUACACGGCAGCGGAGGAGAUCCUCGGGGAGGUGGAGAAAACCAUAAGGUUAGCGCUGUACGAAGCCGAAGUUAGUCGCUCCAAAGAGGAGGUUGAAAGUCUGCGACAUCAGCUGGACCUUCUGCGAAAGAAACCAGCUGAAGCGCCUUCACUGACCAGCAGCAGGGUGGAACAUAGAGACGGAUAUGAUGCUCCGCUACUCCAAGAAAGACCAGGACCCUCGACACCAGUGGAGUCUAACUUCAGCCUCAGCGCUGAGGUCCCGGGACCCUCUCAAACCAGCACAGAUACGGAUAAUAACAACUGGAGCUACUGCCUGGUUCAGGCGGACUUUGAGAUGCCGCGGAUAAAAAAAGAGCAGGAGGAACUUGGCGAUGACGGUCAAACAGAGGAGGUAGCUUUUCCUUCUCCUGAAAUUGUGAAAAGCGAGCAAGAUCAGCCGGAGACGGAAGCGUCGUACGAAAUGCAGCCAGUUUCUUCGGACUGCUCUGCGGCCCAGAGUGAGGACAUGGACAACGAUGAGGCGCAGGUGACAAGCAAACGACAACAGACCACAUCGAUGAAACAGAUAGGACAGAUAUUGCAAGGACGAAGUGGCAGAGUUAAUAAUAAGAAGGGCCGAGCGGUAGUGCCAAAUGACAAAGGUUCUGCUGCGAAUGAAAAGGGACGGAGUUUUUGUCAUUUGUGUGGCAAGGCUUUCCAGUAUAUCGGCUCUCUGAUGAAGCACAUCAAAACACAUGAGAACAAGAGUGAUUGCAAUGUCUGUGGGAUGACCUACCAGUCCACGAAAGAGCUGAUCGUUCAUUUGCAAAGUCGCCACAACAAAACAAAUUUUUGCAACAUCUGCGGCAAGACGUUUGCCAACAACCGGUGUCUCCGGCUGCACGAAAGAAUACACACAGGCAUAAAAGACUACAUGUGUCAAGAAUGUGGCAAAACCUUUUACAGAAGGGAGCAUCUGAUUGUGCACGUGAGGACCCAUUCCGGGGAGAAACCGUACCACUGUGACGUCUGCGGGAAAGCGUUCAGCCAGAGCCAGAACCUCACGAUUCAUAAGAGGAGUCAUUCGGGGGAGAGACCGUAUCAUUGUGGCCUGUGUGGCAAAAUGUUCAACACUAGUAGCCACCUCAAAACGCACAUGAGAUACCACUCGGGAGAAAAACCGUACCCAUGUGACAUCUGCGGUAAAAGUUUUCGCCAGAGCGGACAGAUGACGAGACAUAGGACCACACACACAGGAGAGAGGCCGUACGCCUGCCAGAUUUGUGGUAUGAGAUACAGGUUUGCACCCAAUCUUAAGGUGCACCUGCAGACUCAUGAAAAGGAGGCAGCAGUUUAAGCUUCAUGCUUUUAUUUUGGAUGCCUACUAGAAAAUUCUAACAGGUUUUAAUGUUCAAAAACACAUCAUUUUUCUCACACUGUCCAUGGCUGCAGCACCUCUGUUCAACCUUCCGUCUGAACGCUCCUUAAGGCACCACUACCGAAAAGCCCAGUCUGCUCUCAUUGGUCAGCUCUCACAGGCCUGAGCAGACACCAGACCCCACCCAUCAUGUGUCUGCAUCAGUGUUUGAUGUUUUCUAAGCACCAAAAUCCUGCUGGCAUGAUUAAAUAAAGAGUUUCUGAAUACAA